AUGGCAACGGGGCCGACCUUGCUUGGCAUGCCCAUGAAGCAGGCGUCAUUGCUCACAUUAAUGUUGCAAAAUUCGGCCUUGAUCCUGAUCAUGCACUACUCGCGGAUAAUGACCCCGCCGGGCGACCACCGCUACUUUGCUUCGACCGCCGUCCUACUCAAUGAGAUCAUUAAGCUCGCGAUAUCCCUUACCUUCUCGAUGCACGAGGCCUCGAGGAGUUUGGCGCCGCAGACGCCCGUGAUCGUGCUGGCCGAACAGAUAUACAACCAGGUGUUUUCGGGCGACUGCUGGAAGCUGGCAAUACCGGCCAUGUUGUACACAUUGGAGAAUACAUUGCAGUAUGUGGCGUUAGGCAACCUGGAUGCGGUGCAUUUCCAGGUUCUCUACCAGCUAAAGAUCAUUACCACCGCUGUCUUCAUGAUCGUCCUGCUCGGUCGCACCCUUGGCGCUAGGCGGUGGCUAUCGCUCAUCAUCCUCACCGUUGGCGUCUCGAUCGUCUCGCUCCCUUCGUCAAACGCCAAGGACAUGACGUUGGACAUCCACGACUUCAGCGACCACUUCUUCCCGCGGUCGGUGCACGAGUUGGGGCAGUUUGCGGGCGGCGUGGCAGAGGCCGCCAGAGAGCUCACGAAGCGGGGCGUCGUCGGGCUGGGCAACGAGCUCACCAAGCGGUCGGCGACAUACGAGGGCAUCGCCGACGAUCUGGACGGAGCCCCCAAGAUGAACUACUCGAUCGGCCUGACGGCAGUCCUGGCAGCGGCGAUCGUGUCCGGGUUGACAGGGGUCUACUUUGAGAAAUUGCUCAAGGACUCGACAACCCCGGCCUCGGUGUGGACCAGGAAUAUCCAGCUCUCCUAUUUCUCCCUCUUCCCUGCGCUCAUCAUCGGCGUCGUCAUCAACGACGGGGCCGAGAUCGUCAAGCACGGCUUCUUCGACGGCUACAACGGCAUCGUGUGGACCGCCAUCAUCUUCCAAGCCAUCGGCGGCGUGCUGGCCUCGCUCUGCAUCAACUACGCCGACAACAUCGCCAAGAACUUCGCCACCAGCAUCAGCAUCGUCAUCAGCUUCCUCUUCAGCGUCCUCUUCUUCGACUUCCAAGUCAACUUCACCUUCCUCCUCGGCACAACCCUCGUCCUCACCGCAACCUACAUGUACAGCCAGCCCGAGCGCAAGCGCGCCCGGCCCCCGCCCAUCACCAUCGCCGGCUACGAGAAGACCACUGCUGCUGCUGCUGCUGCUGCUGCUGCCAUAUCCGAAACCAGUGGCGCCUCCCGCUACGCCGACUCGGCCGACCGCCUGGCCGUGCCGCUCGACUCGGUCGCUGCUGUUGGGUUGUCGUCCGCGUCGCGCCCGGCGUCGCCGCUCGCGUUUCAUGGGCGCUCGCCGUCGGCGAGGGGGAGGAAGGGGGAUGAGUAG